GAGAGAGAGAGCGCGCGCGAGGUUGCUUGUUGUGAGAUUGGAGGCAGCAGCAUGGCUCAGCGGCUCACGGAGGAGCAACUCACCGAGUACAAAGAGGCCUUCUCGCUCUUUGACAAAGAUGGCGACGGGGCCAUCACCACCAAGGAGCUGGGCACCGUCAUGCGCUCCCUGGGCCACAACCCCACCGAAGCAGAGCUGCAGAGCAUGAUCGACCAGGUGGACGCCAAUGGCAGCGGCACGGUGGACUUUGCCGAGUUCCUCUCGCUGAUGGCCAAGCAGUCGAAGGAUUCUGACAGCGAGGAGGAGAUCCGGGAAGCCUUCCGGGUCUUCGACAAGGACGGGAACGGCUACAUCAGCACGGCAGAGCUGCGCCACGUCAUGACCAACCUGGGGGAGAAGCUGACGGACGAAGAAGUGGACGAGAUGAUCAAGGAGGCCGAUGUGGACGGAGACGGGAGAGUCAACUACGAAGAGUUUGUGCGGGUGAUGAUGGAGAAGUGAAGGGCCUAGGUAACAAACCAUUGCAAUUUUCUUUUCAAAAUAUUUUUUAUUAGCUUUUUAACAUAUCAUUUCCAACAUUCAUAUAACAUAACUGCUUUUCUUAUACAAUGUUUUUGACUUCCGUCAACACCUCUGAUGAUUUUCCGUUCUUCUGCAUUUCUUCAUUUCUCUAUUACUCUUAAUUAUCACUAACUAAUAAUUCUCCUCAUAAUCUUACUUGUAAUAUUUUCAAAUAGUCCUCCUUACAAAACUUCUUGCAAUCCUACUAGCGUAAUCUGUUCGUUACUAUUACUUUUCAAAUAAUUCAUAUAUUUACUCCAGUCUUCUAAGAAUCUCUGGUCCUGUAGGUUUCGAAUCCUUCCUGUUAGUUUAUCUAAUUCUGCAUAGUCCAUCAAUUUCGUCCUUUCGUCGGUAGUUCUUCUUACUUCAAUUUUUGUGCCAAUAAUAUUCUUGCCGCCGUCAUUGCAUAUAAAAACAACUUAGAAUCCUGUCUGUUAAUACCAUCUCCUACAAUGCCAAGUAAAAACGCUUCUGGUUUCUUAAUAAAUGUAUAUUUCAACAUCUUUUUCAUCUCGUUAAAUAUCAUUUCCCAGAAGCUUCAAACCAUUGCAAUUUUCACGGCAGUACAUUGCUUUGCGGUGGGGUGCGGGACGCAGUUCCCUGCCCCAAGGUGCCUACAGUUCCAAAACUCAACUGGAGAGUGAAUGAAGGGAAAGGAGGAAUAGGAGAAGCAAGGGUGAUACAGGGAUGGGCAUCAGCAGGUACUGGCACAGGCCUGUAGACUUUACUGUGGCCAAUGAUGACCACUAAUUCGUGGAACUCCAUGUUUAAUUCGCAGGGAGCUCCGUGGAGCUCCACAAAUUGCACUUUCCCUUAGUAGUCAUUCACUUCUGUCCUCUGUGCUCUCGCUUUUUCUUUUGCCUGGCCAGAAGCCUUUCCUCCUGGGAAGGUUUGUGGUGUAGUGGGCAGGAGAAAUUUGACAAUUAAACUGGACAAAGCGCCGCCUGCACCCCAUUUCUCUGCAACUCAGCAAAUUUGAGAGGCUUCUCAAACUGCUAGAGGCAGCAAACAGUGCUUUUAAAUGCCAGUUCCUGGAAUCCACAGGGGGGGAGACGACUCUUUUUUAUUCUAUUUUUGAAUUGGUUUUAUUCAGAUUUGGGAAAAACGGAAUACGAAAUUUAUGACCAAAUCUCUUUUUGUCGAAACUGGAAACCUAAUCUAAGUAAAAACACAAUCCAAAAAGAGAGAGAGAGAAAAUAGGGAAAUAGAGGAAGGAGAAAAGGAAAAAAGGGAAAAGAGAAAGCAAGAGGAAAAGAGAAAAAAAAGGGAGAACUUCCGAUUCUUCAUCUGUCAGUUGUAUAUAAAAAUUAUUCAGCACAUCCAAACAGCCAGCAAAACUACUUUCUAUAUGGCAACAUUAUCUUCAAUCCUCAACCCGAAAUAUAACGACUUAUUUUUCUUUUUUGUGUAAAAAUAAUUAAUAUCCCCCCCCCCAUCUUUAGUAAAUGUUGACAACGGCUUUUCUCUGAUUAGGCAUGUCAGCUUUGUCAUCUCAGCUCAAUCCAGUAAUUUAAACAAGCAUUGAAGAGGGAUCUUGUGUUCGAAUCCUGCUCGUGGGUUUCCCACAGGGGUCUGGUUGGCUGCUGCGUGAACAGGGUGCUGCACUGCCACGGGCCUGAUCCUGCAGGUCUCCAUAGCUAAGCGGCAGAGCAUCCGCUUUGAGUGCAGAAGAUCCCAGCUCCAUUCCACCAGCAUCACCAGGCAGGGGUGGGGAGGACUGGGGCCUGAAACCCUGGAGAGCUGCUGCCAGUCCGUGUGGGCCAAUGGCCGGACUCAGUUGCCUUUGUUCCUGAGGAUUAUAUCCAUCUAAGUUGCAUGGAAGUGAGAGCUGGACCAUCAAGAAGGCUGAUCGCCAAAGAAUGGAUUCUUUUGAAUUCUGGUGCUGGAAGAGACUCUUGAGAGUCCCAUGGACUGCAAAAAGAUCAAACCUAUCCAUUCUGAAGGAAAUCAGCCGUGAGUGCUCACUGGAAGGACAGAUCCUGAAACUGAGGCUCCAAUACUUCGGCCACCUCCUGAGAAGAGAAGACUCCCUGGAAAAGACCCUGAUGUUGGGAAAGAUGGAGGGCACAAGGAGAAGGGGACGACAGAGGACGAGAUGGUUGGAUGGUGUUCUGGAAGCUACCAGCAUGAGUUUGACCAAACUGCAGGAGGCAGUGGAAGACAGGAGUGCCUGGCGUGCUCUGGUCCAGGGGGUCACGAAGAGUUGGACACGACUAAACAACUCAACAACAACAAGUUGCAUUCAGGGCAGACACACUUAAAUGAAUGGGAGACAGUUAGCCAUGGGAAACUAGAAUUGUAGUUGGAUGGGCAGUUCCAAUCCAGCCCCCUGUAAUGCAGGAAUCAAAGAAUUUCAACAGGGCAAAUCUGAGCAGGGCAAUCUCUGGGUACUACCCUGUGUCCUUGUUGCUCAUUCACUAACUUCCAAAGAGCUGUUGCACUCAGGCACCACUUGUGGCUGGCUGCUGUAGGAAUGGGAUGCUAGAAUAGAGGGGGCACUGGCUUGAUGUAGCCACAGGCGCAUAGCUGUCAAGCGUCCCUUAUUUGGUGGGAAACUCCCUUAUCCCAGCGCCGUGUCCCGCUGCUGUCCCUUACUGAUGAUGUCCCUUAAAUUCCCCACGUUUCAAAGGAAGCAGCUCCUCUCCCUCCCUCCCUGCCGGCCAGGGAGGAGGGAGGCUCCAACUGGGUUGCUUGGCUGCGUUGUUCACCCAAUAAGGAGACUAAGAACGACUGGGGGGUGGAGCUUGCAUGCCUUGUGCCAAUCAAAUCGGCCGCGUUGCCUGGGGACUUGCCUUUGCUCAGCGCUUCUCAGAAUAAGUGAAUAUAGAAUAUAUAUAGAAUAAGCGAACAAGAAGAACAUAUGUUUAGAGAAGAUUGGAAAACGUUUAUUGAAUAUAUGGGAAAUGACUGUGUACAGCUGAAAACGCUGGCAGCAUUAAGAUAAAUUCAAUAGGGUAAAUAAGUUAUGAUGGAUGUAAUAAUGGAAUACUGAAUGGUAUAGUUUCUGUAAAAUAUGCCGGGAUUUAUGAUAUGUAAAAUGAACCAUGGAAAGAGAAGGAGGGAAGUCACUGGUAUUUUAAGGGUGUGAAAAUGAGUAUCUUAAAUUGUAAAACAGAAAAUUUAAUUAAAAUUUAAUUAAAAUUAAAUUCUUAAAGGUCUCAGAUUAUUGCAGACAGGAGGAAGGGCAAUGUAAGUUGUCACCAGUGAUAUCCCUUUCCAAUAUGGGUCUAGGAGGGUGGAUGAGAUCAACAAUUCACAUUGUGGUCAUAAUAAGGAUGCAAUUAUAAAAAGCAUAAUAGGGAAAUAAUUAUGUGUCCUUACAAUAAGGACAUAAUUAUAGAGGUCCAUUGUUCUUCAUCUCAGAUGCUUCCUAGAAUCUCAGGGUGUGAAGGAACCAAUGCAUUCCAUCAGUACCUGGCACUGAAAGGUACACUGCCUCUGCACAUAGCAACCAUCAGUAGCCUAAUCCUCCAUGAAUUUGCCCAAUCCUUUUAAAAAAACCCCAAACACCUGAUGUCAAGUCCAUCACCAAACUGUGAGUGAAGGAUCAGCAAUAGCAAUGGACUAGCUAGAAAGGGAACUGCAUUUCCCUGUCAGUAAAACGGUGCUUCUUGAGAGUUGAGAAAAUGUGUUGCAUCUGCAGCAGAAUCACUGUGUGGAGGAUUAAUAUUUGGACUAUGUAGCUCAGUGACAGACUGCAUUCUUUCCACACCAAAAAAGAAUGCAAUUCUGCGAUUCUCUGAGACGAAUACCGUCGGUUCGACUCCUAAGUUCCUAUCACAGCUGUCAACUUACAGAUUUGAAAAUAAGGGACCAGCAGCCUCAAAAAUAAGGGAUCAGCAGCCAAAAUAAGGGAUUUUCCAGGCACAGCUAUGUUCAACUUCUGAGUCCCUCUGAGCCAAAGGCAGAAAGCCCAGCCAGCAGCCAAAUGAAGCCUCAAGUGGUGGUUCCCACAGCGCAGCAACCCGGCAAAGGGGAUGCAGCAAGGAAAACCACCGUCGCCUCUCCGCUGGGAAGCGCUGAGCAAAGGCGAGUCCCUAGGCAACACGGCCGAUUUGAUUGGCACAAGGCAUGCAAGCUCCACACCCCAGUCGUUCUUUGACUCCUUAUUGGGUGAGCAACGCAGCCAAGCAACACAGCUGGAGCCUCCCUCCUCCCUGGCCGGCAGGGAGGGAGGGAGAGGAGCUGCUUCCUUUGAAACCCAGGAAAUUUAAGGGACAUCAUCAAUAAGGGACAGCAGCGGGACACGGCGCUGGGAUAAGGGAGUUUCCCACCAAAUAAGGGACGGUUCACACCUAUGCGAACGGUGCAUUUAUCACAUAAACACCCACACACCCACAAAAUCAACUAGGGAGACCUCAGGGCUUUGUGCUGAUGUCACGAAACCGGACGGAUAAUGCGAUGAAAGUUGCGACGUGCGAGAGCUCCACCCGAUUUGCAUUCCUUGAAGUUGCAGAGAUGAUGGAUGUCGAUAGUGGAGCAUCACUUGGUCUGCCAACCCUAUAAGAGCCCAACCUACACUGGGGCAAAGCUGUUCCUCUGACUGGUUUCACCACAAACAAGUAGAUCCUUCUCCAGGCCAGGGUGUGGACCGAAGCAAUCCGGCCCUUCAUCAUCUCCUCCUUCCGGCAGACGCUGGAUUUUCCCAUUUCAGCAGGGAUAACGAGAGAGUGAUUUCCUGGAGACGAGAGAGAGAGAGAGGUUGUGCUGGGCAGAGGACGGACACGCCAUGGCUUACCGGUUCACAGAAGCAGAACUCGACGUGGUCAAAGAGGCCUUCACACAUUUUGACGCGGACGGCGACGGGGUGAUCACUUCGUCGGAGCUGGGAGACGUCAUGCGCUCGCUUGAGCACGUGCUGGUCAACCUGAGGGAGACGUUCACGGACGAGAAGGUGGAGGAGAUGAUGAGACAGGUGGACGCCAACUCAGAUGGGAAAGUCACCUACGAGGAAUUUGAGAAGCUGAUGGUGGCCAGAGACCCCCGAGGCCCUGCACUCUAGGUACAGGUUAAUCUCACAUUAAAUGCACAGCUGCAGGAGAAUUCUCUGCCCCGAGAGCUUCCAGUUCCAGAGUUUGGCAGUGAUGCGUGGAUGAAGGAGGAGGGGAGAGGGGAGAUGUGACCACGGGCAGGGAGCCAUCUCUUAGGGACAGGGCAGAAAUGUGAUUCAGUAUGUACCAUUCUUUGAAAUUUGCGCCUCUCCGAAUUUUGCGUUCUGUUUUUCUUGCCCCAACCAAGCAAUGCAAACUCGUGAAAAUGAUGAGAUGCAAAUAUGCAUUAUAUUAGGAGAAGUUGCUUAGCAAAAAUGUAUAUAUUAGGCAUAUAUCUGUCAGCACUUUAUCAUGGGUUUCUCUGAGAAAAAAUGUGGAAAUAUGCUAUAUAUCCCAUUUUGGGAUGAAAAUUGGGCAGAAUCAGAAAUGUGUUUCUUGCUGGCCUUUUCUCUUGCUUCUUUCCUCUGCCUAAUCCUCAGCUCUCAAACUACCUUUCGUUUCAAGAUAUUUGAGAUGCACAGAAUAGCUUUUAAAGAAUGACCAAAACCAAGGGUGAAAUGUAUGGAUGUGACUAACUUUGGCCUGUGAAUUUUGAUGCAUCUACUUUGAGUAACGCUUGGCUGGUGACAAUCCAAAACACACCGAUUUUCAGGGCUCUGAGUUUGACCAGAGCAGGAGGUUUGGGGAGAGGCUUAACCCCUCCCAUGCCAUUUUCCUGAUGUAAAUAUCAGAGGUACAGACACAAAUAUCAAAGGUCGACUCAAAAAAAAAGCACGGCAAAACAAAACAAAAACACUUUUUUUGGUUCGUUUUAUUUCAUAAGAUUUAUACAUGGUAAAAAAACAACCCGUAAAGGUAAAACAGUAAAAUCAAGGGAAAUUUACAACAGUAGCUUAAAACCUACAAGAAGUUAGAAUGCUGAGACAGGUUAAAAUUCACAUCAACUUUCUAAGAAUCUGGGUAAAGGUAAAGGGACCCCUGACUGUUAGGUCCAGUCGCGGACAACUCUGGGGUUGCGGCACUCAUCUCACUUUAUUGGCCGAGGGAGCCGGCGUACAGCUUCCGGGUCAUGUGGCCAGCAUGACUAAGCCGCUUCUGGCGAACCAGAGCAGCACACAGAAACGCCAUUUACCUUCCCGCCAAAGCGGUACCUAUUUAUCUACUUGCACUUUGACGUGCUUUCGAACUGCUAGGCUCGUCUAAACAAGGAUAUUUUUAGCAGGCACUGAAAAGAGUACAGCGAAGGCACCUAUCAAUAGGCAGGGACUUCCAAAGUGUAGAUGCUGCCAUGCUGAAUUAUCGAGCUUUUACAAAUGUGGACCAGGUAUUACAGUGGUACCUCGGGUUACAUACGCUUCAGGUUACAUACGCUUCAGGUUACAGACUCCGCUAACCCAGAAAUAGUGCUUCAGGUUAAGAACUUUGCUUCAGGAUGAGAACAGAAAUCGUGCUCCCGCAGUGCGGCAGCAGCAGGAGGCCCCAUUAGCUAAAGUGGUGCUUCAGGUUAAGAACAGUUUCAGGUUAAAAACGGACUUCCGGAACGUAUUAAGUACUUAACCCGAGGUACCAUUGUAUGUGGCACCCAUGCCAAUUCCACCAAUCGAAGCGUUGGAAUGGGCUCAUGUGGGGCAAGGUGAUCUCAUAGAAUCGUAGAGUUGGAAGGGACCCCAAACAUCCUCUAUUCCAACCCCCUGCAAAGCAGGAAUCUCAGCGAAUGCGUCUCGUAGCUGAAGUGGUCCCAAGUUGUUAAUAGCCAGCCUUACCCUGGCUGGGGCUGAUGGGAUUUGGAGUCCUAAGGAUCUGCGUGAGCAGCACUUGUCAGUAGAGCCUUCGGACGAGAGGAUGAGGAGUAACGUUGCCUUCCUGUCUUGCUUGUGGGUUUACCUGGAUCCCCCCGGUUGGCUGGACACAGCAGGCUGAGGGAUGAACUCUGUUUAAUAAUAAUAAUAAUAAUAAUAUAUUUAUAUCCCACCCUCCCCAGCCGAAGCCGGGCUCAGAGCGGCUAACAACAAUAAAAGUAACACAGCAUUCUAAAAUCAAUUCAUUCUAAAAUCAAUUCAGAAUCAAAUAAAUGGCAGCCAUUGGGCUGGAGUUCUAUGAGGAUUACCAAAGGAGGGAGUCAGACUGUGCCUUGGCCCAAGGCCUGGUGGAACAGCUCCGUCUUGCAGGCCCUGUGGAAAGAUGUCAAGUCCUGCAGGGCCCUAGUCUCUUGUGACAGAGCGUUCCACCAGAUCGGGGCCACGGCCGAAAAGGCCCUGGCUCUGGUUGAGGCCAGCCUAACCUCCCUGUGGACCUCCAAGAUGUUUUUGUUUGAAGACCGUAAGGUCCUCCAUGGGACAUACCAGGAGAGGCGGUCCCGUAGGCCUGAGGCCCUGCAGAGCUCUCCUCACGGCUCCAGCCUUACAAAAGGAUUUACCAGGACGAACCGGGCAUGAGACGGAACGUGUCUUCUUUGUAUUGGCACCCGAUUGUGUGUGUGUCCUUCCCGUGCAAAUAGCAGCUUCAGAGGGGUCCUUUGCAUCAGGAUUGCAGCGGCGGUGAGGGAAGGAAAGGGUUAAACUCCCCCACUCUGCCUGCUGUGAUUAAAACCAUUAUCGGCCUCGGCCCAGUAUACCUGAAGGAGCAUCUCCACCCCCAUCGUUCUGCCCGGAUGCUGAGGUCCAGCGCCGAGGGCCUUCUGGCGGUUCCCUCACUGCGAGAAGUAAAGCUACAAGGAACCAGGAGGAGAGCCUUCUCGGUAGUGGCACCCGCCCUGUGGAAUGCCCUCCCACCAGAUGUCAAAGAGAUAAACAACUACCAGACUUUUAGAAGACAUCUGAAGGCAGCCCUGUUCUGGGAAGUUUUUAAUGUAUGACAUAUUAGUGUAUUUUUUGUCUUUGUGGAAGCCACCCAGAGUGGCUGGGGUACAAAUAAUAAAUUAUUAUUAUUAUUGGCCCGUCCAGCAGUUGCUAGUUACAUGUCUCUAACAUACAUGUUAAAGGACAUUUUUUAAUAUAACGUCCGAUUCAGUAGUAUCCUUCUCAUAGGAUGGGAAGAACAGAACAGGUGAGGGAUAACGGUACAGGAUCUGUCCUGGCGAUUAUGCUAUGUACUGCUGCUCUUUGGUGUCUUUCUAUAUAUAUCCAUGGACUCAUGGAGUUGGAAGGGUCCUGGGGGUCAUCUAGUCCAACCCCCUGUUAUACAAGAACCUCUCUCUCUCUCUGUGUAUAAAAUACUGGAUGAACACAGCUUUUUUGGAUUUUGGACUCUCCUUGGGACUUUUGGCUGUUGGCGUUGGCCUCACCACCAGGUGGCCCUGAGGCCCGAACAGAUGAUCUUUGGGUUCCCUGCAGUUCCGUUACUGUCUGUGGUGGGAAAGCUCUUGCUAGCUUUUUCUUGGACACUUGGACAGCUAUCGGACAGGGAUGCUUCAGUUGAGAUUCCUGCAUUGCAGGGAUUAGACUCGAGGACCUUCUGACUCCAUGAUUCCUUACACGGCUCAGGACCGCAAUAUGUCAAGGACCGCCUCUUUCCAUAUGAACCUACCCGGACCCUGAGAUCAUCUUCUGAGACCCUCCUUCGUGUGCCUCCUCCUCGAGAGGUCCAGAGGGUGGCAACACGAAAACAGGGCCUUCUCUGCAGUGGCUCCCCAUCUGUAGAAUGCCCAGGGAAGUUCACCUGGUGCCUUCAUUAUACCCCUUUAGGCGCCAGGCAAAAACAUUCCUUUUUAACCAGGCCUUUGACUGAUCUGAUUUGCAUCCUAUGUGAGCUUUUUGGGGGCUAUUGGGUUGUUGUUUUUAUUUUUAUUAGGUAUUUUGUGGUUUUAUAUCUUGAUUUUAUUCUGUGAACCGCCCUGAGACCCCCGGGUAUAUAAAUUAAAUAAAUAAUAACAAUAAUAAUAAUGACCCCAAGCAGGUUGACAAAUGGUCCUCACCAUACAGUGGUACCUCGGGUUAAGAACUUAAUUCGUUCUGGAGGUCUGUUCUUCACCUGAAACUGUUCUUAACCUGAGGUACCACUUUAGGUAAUGGGGCCUCCCUCUGCUGCCGCCACGCGAUUUCUGUUCUCAUCCUGAAGCAAAGUUCUUAACCCGAGGUACUAUUUCUGGGUUAGCGGAGUCUGUAACCUGAAACGUCUGUAACCUGAAGCGUCUGUAACCCGAGGUACCACUGUAUUCUCUAUUUUACCAUUUCUUUCUUCCCCCCUUUUCUCUUUGCAGCGGAGCUGAGACUUCGGUUUACCCGCUGGCUGAAAUUUGCAGAAAAAUGCUAUGCGUCUCGCCACCAUCCCUGUCGACACUUAAUACCCCGAACUGCAACCUGAGAACUGGAGGAGCUUGCAAAGGAACAUUCUCAAGCGUCUUCCUCCUCACAGCCAGGUUGAAGGAGACACGCCCAAAAUAAAGAUCUGGGGCAGAUGUUGCUGAUGUUGACGUCUCAGGCCCCAGGGGAAAAUAAAUCCAUGGUACUCUU